UGUAUAGUACGUCCAUGUUAUUGAAAAUGAGACGGAAAUGAUACAUGUUAUGACAAUGAUUGAUUUUAACGUUUUAUUUGAAGAAUCUUUUGAUACUUUUAUUUAAUAAAGAAUCUUCUGUUUUAUCUAACGAACAUUACCUGCAUCAUGUUUCGUAUGCACUGAACUAUAUGUCAUCUUAAAAGGAGUAGCAGGUGAAAAUUAUGUCCUCGCAUUGGAUUAGUACGUAAUUACAACAAUUCAAUCUUCAAUGCAUAAUAAACAAUGUAAUGCUGGUGAACACUAUCAAACAAAGUAGUUGGAAUUUUAGUUCUACAUGCAGAUUGUAUUAAUGCAUGUCGUUAACAUUUCAUCAAAAUGAAUAUUUCAGUAUACAACUCAACAUUGAAUUUUAAUUCAACACAGGAAAUAGAUACAGAUGGGAUUAAAAUAUUGCAGUUGACUAUCAUUGUGCUGUCUAUUUCAAUCGUAAUUGCUAUAUUAAAUAUAUGCUGCUUGAUUAUUCUCGCAAAGGACAAGAAAUUAAAAGAAAAAAGAUUUGAAAUGUUGACAAUAUGUUUGAGCAUCAGUGACGCUGCUAUUGGUAUCAUAUCAAUUGCUUUACGUUCAAGGACGAUUUAUUUUAGAUUAACUGGUGAGAAUACACCACAUUUUUGCUAUUUUUUUACAAUUUUGUUGAUAGCAACUUUUCUAUUCUCAUUAUUGCAGACAUUAUGGAUUUGUAUAGAAAGAUUCAUCGCUACUUUUCCAACAGUUACAAAUCCAUGUCGGAAUAUGUCUAUUAUUGGCAUGACGGUUGCUUUAUAUGUGAUCUGUGUCGGACUGGUCCUUAUUUUUUUCUUGAUUUAUGGUGACUUCUGGUCUACUGCAUGUAAUAUUCAAGGUAUCCUUGGAAAGCACAGGAAAACCUUUUUGCGCAUAUACCAAUCGACAAAGUUGAUUAUAGUAUUUGUCAUAGUUUUAACAUAUUCUGGGGUUCUCUUCCGUGUAUAUAAAUCUUGGCGGCGAAUUCAACCACAACUUGGUAAUUCCAUCCUAGUCAGACAAGCAUUUCGAAGAUCUUCGGUUACCAUGACGACGGUGCAAACUGAUUUUUCGACAUAUAAUAAUGACAAUAGCAGCCAAGGUCAUUCUUCAACACAACUACCACGCGUAGGUAAAUCUAAAACAAGAGUGAUGAAGACCAUGAAAAUGGCUAUAACACUCGGCAUACUUAUACUGGUUUUAUUAAUUGCAGCAUUACCUAAGAUUGUAAUUGGACUAAUCGUCAUGAACGAACCAUCACUAACCCCUGCACAUUUGGUUGGUAUACAGAUUUCAGACUUGUUUAUUUAUUUGAAUCCUUUAUUAGAUCCAAUUAUAUAUGUUUUGCGGAUUGACACUUUUAGAGAGCGUUUGAAAUUCAAAUGUGGUAAUGCAGACUGA